AUGGCAACAACUACAACAAUAAUGGGAAUACCUGAAUUGUAUCAUUUAGAUAAUCAUUUUUUUCGACCACAAGAAAAAAAACAAAUACAAAAUGCAUUUGAAAAUUUUAUGAUGAAUAUCAAAUAUAAUUCAUUCGAUUAUGAUCAUAGUGUAGAUAAUGAAGAUAAUAGUCAAAUAUUAUUACAAUCAAAAAUUCAAUUAUUUCAAUUAUUUAUUCGUACACAACCAGUUAAUAUUCGUAGUUUUAGUGUAUUUCAUCAACAAUAUCAACAUGUUUUUAUUGAACGUUUAUUUUAUCUUGUUUUAAAUAAUGUUGAAUUAAUACAUUUUUCAACAUAUAAUGUUAAUUCAAUAAUAAAUAUAAGUAAAGAAUUAGAAAAAUAUCAACGUUCAACAAAUAAAAUUAUAUUAAAUACAAAUAAACUUAAUACAGUUGUACAAUUUGUUUUAUCAUUUUCAUCAUCAACUAUAUCAUCAUUUCAAUUAAAUAAUCUUUUUUAUUUAUUAUUACAUGAUAUGAAUGAUUUUUCUGGAAAACUUAUUGAUCGUAUGGCUGAAUUAUUACGUAUAUAUCAUUCAAUGACAUAUGGACAUAUAAUUACGAAACAACAUUUAAUUACAACGAUUGAAAAUGUCAUACGAACUGUGAAUUUUGCUAAUCCUCUUGUUUAUCCAUUAUAUGAAAAUUUUCUUAAUUCAUCAUAUGUCUACAAAAGUCCACUUAUAUUAUCAUUAUCGAAAAAAAUUACAACUAUUUCUUUGUAUACAAUAAUUCAAAAUCUAUCAAUAACACUUUUGGGUAUAACACUUGAUGAUUUUGAAUAUGAAGAUAAAUAUUUAUCAUUUACAUCUGAACAAUGUUAUCAUAUACGUUUAAUAAUACGACAUUUAACUUAUUUAUUUAAACAAAAUGAUUAUACAAUAGAAUAUCCAUUAAAUAAUCUAGAUAAACAAAUAAUUGUUCAAUUAAUGAAUUUAAUUAUAUUGAAUAAAAAAACUUAUGAUAUAUUAAAAUCUUUACUUAAUUUAUAUAUAAAAUAUGUUCAUGGAUUUUCCGAAAUGAAAAUUAAACAACUUCUAUAUGAUUUAUUAAUAAAUUUUUCAUUUGAAUUAUAUUCAAUUGAAACAAUAAGAUAUUUUAUUGAAUUAAAUCGUUUACAAUCGAAAUUAAAUUUAUUUGAAAAGAAACAUUUUCACGAUGAUUUAUGGCUUAAUAUUGAACAAACUCGACUUAUUACACAUAAAUUAUAUUCAAAUAAUAUCUAUGAUGAAAUAUUUAUACCAUUCAUUAAUAAUGAUUGUCAUAAGGAACGUUCUAUAAAUGAUAUAUUAACAUAUUUAGAUAAUAGAAUUGAAUGUGAACAAGAACAAGUUAUUGAUAUGCAAGAUAUGAAAGCAAAAUUAUCAAUAUAA